AUGAACUAUUAGAAGAAGUAUCAGAAAUAAAUUCAGCUAAAUCGAUAUUACAUAAUUCCUCUAAAUAAAAAGCUUCGCAUUUUUAAAGAAGGAAACGGAAAUGUCAAAACAUACUUAAGAUUUAGACCUAACAACUAGGCUGAAUUAGAAUUAAACUAAAAUGGAUUAGGAAGUAAUAUAAUUGAAUUCAUAAAUAAUUAAACAGUAAAAAUAAUAAAUGAUUCUGUAAACUACACUGUAGAUUGUGCAUUUGGACCUGAAUCAACACAAGAUACAAUUUAUGAAAAUAUAGCUUCUUGUGUAGUAAAUGAUGUACUAAUAGGGUAUAAUGGUACUAUAUUUGCAUAUGGAGUAUCAGGAAGUGGUAAAUCUCAUACAAUGUUCGGAAAUAUAGAAGAUUAAGAAUAAAUGGGAAUAAUACCGAGAAUGUGUGCAUAAUUAUUUUAACAUAUAAAUAAUAGUUCAAAUAACAAUGAAGAACAAGACGAAAUAGAAUGGACUAUAAAAUGCUCUAUGCUAGAAAUUUACAAAGAGUGUUUAUAGGACUCUUUUAAUAAUGAUGAUUUUGAUAAAAAAGGAGAUUUAAAAAUUAAAGAAACACCCUAAAAAGGAAUUAUAGUACAAGGUUUGACUGAAAGAGUGGUUUAGGAUGAAAACGAGCUACUUUAAUUAGUUGAUUUUGGCUAUAAUACAAGGUAGAUAAGAGCCACUAGACUUAAUGAGUACAGUUCAAGGUCUCAUACUAUAUUUAUGGUCAUGAUUAGGCAAAAACUUAUGAAUGGAGCUGAAAAAAUUGGAAAAUUAAAUCUAAUAGAUCUAGCAGGGUGUGAGAAGGUGUCAAAAAGUGGCGCUUCUGGGGAAGGUUUAGAAGAAGCAAUAAAAAUAAAUUUAUCUUUGAGUUGUUUAGGAAAAGUUAUACAUUCAUUAACUACAGGACAAGACCAUAUUCCUUAUAGAGAUUCCAAAUUAACAAGAAUUUUAUAAGAAAGUUUGGGUGGAAAUUAUAAAACUUCCCUAAUUGUGACAUGUUCAAUGCAUUCAAAAUUUACUGAUGAUACAAUUUCUUCACUUAAAUUUGCUACGAGAGCAAAAACAAUAAAAAAUCACUUCAAAGUGAAUUAAUGGUUAGAUUUAUGA